AUGCACAACUCGAGGAUCAAUCGUUCGACGAAUAUCGAGCUCAGUGGUGUUCUAUCUUUUGGGUUUGGUGAGGUCUAUGUUCAGCAUCGGAUAGAAACGUCAUUAAAACCAUGGCUACAGAAUAAUAUACCUUUUGUUAUUUUCUACUUCGUGGUGACUAAGCUAUUAAAUUUGCCGUGCAUUGUUAACUUUAAUUUUAAUGAAAACUUUCAGGCAACAUACGCGAUGGACUCUGGUACGUUUGCAAUUCUGUUGGAGUUAAUAAUGCUGUGGACUGCCAUGCUACCUGAAUGUGGAAGGGCGAACUCGACGGUACAUCCUUUAAUCGAAAUGAAGAAGAAACGUUUUAGGUUUAAAUACAAUCCUCAUAAAGGCUAUGAGCCAUACUGGGUCGGCGGUGAGAAAGUAAUGUCCACCACCAGUCCGAAGCCGGGCACCACGACGACGGUAGCGCCUUUAAUAUGUGGUUACGACUGCAACUACAUCUAUCAGAGGAUAAAAGAAGUAUGUACGGUAUUGGUGAACCGCCUUAUCAGCGUUCAAUGUUGGUGGUGUACUGGAAAACCCGGAUACCAGCUUUCGAAAACUUAUGUGACUAUGACAUAUUGUGACUUCCUGGGUAUACAAUGUCAGGAAGAUAAAUUUUCAGACGAUGCAAUUAUGUUUGUUAAUCUUGGCAAGUGCAAGAAGGACGACGAAAUGAUGAAGCCGGCGUGGGACCCUCGGCAAGCAGUCAGCAGAAUGCAGUGGUACCUGACUAGCUUUGAUAAGCAAGAGGAUCCAUUCAAGACAACGGCUGCUCCGUCAACGACCAAAAAGCCUAAAAAAAAGCCAUAA